AUGUCCAAACAAGCAGCGACUCCCACAAUCGCUCCAGAAGCGCACAUCAAGCGCACCAAAUACAUCGAUGCAAGAAAGUACCUCGAUACAGAGGCAGACAUUGAUCUGGAGGGCGGGGAAACCGAGGGUAUAGAGGAUGAAGAUGACUGCUCUUCUAUAAAUGACCAUGAUUCUGAGGAUGGUCACACUGCAGCAGCAUGGGAUAUCCUAGAGGAGUACCUCACCUUGGAGAUGAACUUUUCUCAAAUGGAAGCCAAACUUGUCUCACACCUGGGCUCUCAAUAUCAUGAAGAGGACUGGACAGAAGCAACACGUGCAUUAUUCUCGGCCGAUGAAGACAAUACCCAGGCUUUGGCAAAUCUUCAUGCCAUCAAAGCUCGGCACAUCUUGCCAGCGAAAGUUGCGACGCACUUGAGGGGGUCAAUCCAUCAAUCUGCAUGUGCUUGGUUCGACAAGGUAGCAGAUAUCGAGAGGAGGUUUACCUCAAGCUGUGGACCAUCAGAAGUUGACGCUUCGUCACAACCAGUCCCUUCCUCCAGUGAGAUCACACACCAGAUGAUCAAGCGGUUCAUUCAAGAUAAAAUCAGUUCUAGCCAUGCAUACUACCUUCUGGAGGUAGAAUUCACAGACAACCCGACAUUGUUAGCUCACUGGGAGUCAGUAUUGGAUGUGAUCGUGGAUGCUGUUACUCAUGAGGCAAGGCUUCAAAUAUUUGACACGCAGGCAUUCCAUGUAGUCGAAAAUAUUUCAAGCGCAGCAUCUGCAGCAGUCUCAGACCAAUCUUCUAGAGGAAUAGCAGUAUUCGAAAAGCCAGUGUCAAGUAUGCAAGAUGACAAGCUGCCAUCAGUGCAUGACCUCCUGACAUGGCUCAUCACCAUGCCCUCCGCACAGUUGAAAAGCAAGGAUUUCGAGGUCUACACCCAUUCAAUGCUCCCAGGCCAUCUAUGCAUCAAGGCUGAAAAUACUGUCAUCAUAAGGAAGGCAUGGCCUUCCACUCACACAAACUGCUUUUUCAGCUAUCGCCCCAUAUGUGGUCAAUAUCGGCAUGACGUAGGAUACGCAUAUUCGUAUGAUCCGCAAACUGAUAUCAUCAUGCUGUUAGUCGCAUCCAGGGAGGUACCAGGGCGGGAAGUCGGGAAAGACCCCCACAUGCCGCACCUAUACAAUCAUCCUAACAACAUCUCAAGCUCUGCGGGUCGCAACAAGACCUACCUCCAUGGUCUUCUGGCGCUCAAACUGAACAGAAAUGCAGUUGUUGAGAUUCCAAUUCCCGCUCCAGAGAGCAUUGUACUUCACCAGGAGUCGAGAUGCAAUCCCGCAUUUGUGCAAUCUGCAUUGCAUGUGUAUGCCACACAACAUUGGAUAGAAGGUGAUUUAGUGAGAGUUAGGGCGGGGGAGAUGUUUGGCUGCACCGUGAAGAUUCAAUGUGUUGACAUGUGCACCCGAUCGGCAUCAGCGUACAUGGAGGAAUCGGUGCAUAUUAAGAAAAUCUCACAUGAACCAAUCAUGUUUGCCAUAUCUGAUCUUGAAAGGAAAUUCUGUGUGGGGGACAGCGUUCGUGUACUCGACAGCAGUUCACUGACUUCACAACUCAAAGGAAAAACUGAAUGGUUGUUCAAGUCGACGAGAAUAUGGUUGAUGUACUCGACCAGUCAUCCGAAUUCGAAUUCACUGUUGCAAUCGAUUCGUUGGCGACGUGAUCACGUUGUUGUAACCGAGGGCUUCUAUGUGCGUGAAUUCGGGGUGAUCUCCAAGGUGGAUACAAAGACCCAGACACUUGCAUUCUUCUUGGAUUCGCUACAUCAACACAUCUGGGUCCCAAUAAGGAUGAUGGCCUUCAAUCCCAACCCGACCGCCCUUCGACAUACUCAUGAGCGUGGAUAUGACGUCGUAGCUGGUGAUAUCAUUCAAGCCGUCAGAGGUGACCCACUCUGUGCAUCGGGGACGGUGCUGCGAGUGAAUCUGGAUGAUAAAACAUUAACAUUCAAAGACAUGAGAUUAAAAAAGAUCAUCACCACCUCCAUAAUGCAUGUCGCAAGAAUUGGUGGGCGGGCGGAUCGUGAUCCCAUGCAGCACUUUCUUGGCAAGGAGCAAGAAUUAUCCUGGAAGGGUGUUCUCCUCACUGGUGUUUACUUGCCUCUGCGUCAGCUAAGGGAAUUUCUCAGAUUAGCUCGAGGUUCCUUCAUCCAGCCCCCGCAUAUCACACCACCUCAAACUCCUUGUCACUCUCCUCCUCCUUCUCCUGAUAUCUCACGUGUCGAUCAGACCAUUCCUGCUGUAGAAGUAUUGGUGUGGAAUGCCCCCAUCGACUCGUCGGUGAUAGAUCGGUAUCCAUUAUCCACAGGGCUCCACAAUGACCGGUCUAACGCUUGGUCAUUUAAUGAGGCUGACAGGGAAGAACGCCAAUUGCAUCCUCCCAGUGCGAGUGCGUCCUCUUCUAACAAUCUCACUGCAAUUUUACACGAUCCCCUGAUUGCUGAGUUGUGUUAUAAUUGGCACAUGAAAAUGCGUAUAGCCAACCCAUCAUCUGAUUGGGGAUCUUACCUUAACCGGAUCAUUGACACUGUUGCCCCGGACCCAUUUCUCCUACAGAAAGGACCAGUGAAAGAUGGUGAAAUCCCCAUCAGGUAUUCCUCUAGAGCAAAAAAUAAGGGGAUGAAGGAGGAUCCGAUUCCCAUUAAAUAUAUUUUACCGGAACCACCAACAGGAAAAGACAAGAAGUUCACUUUGAUAUGA